AUCUUAUUAAGUGGUAAUUUCGUAAAUCCCGUGACACAUAAAAAGUAGGCUACACGUCCACAAAGUGGGUUAAAGCAUAAAGUGUGUCUGUCGUCUCCAUUUUCACCCCUUUUCUCCCUCACUUCCUCUCCUCCCCUUGCGUCACGCUUUUGAAUGGAGCGGGCCCGACAGGAGGGAGGGGGAGAGAGAGGAGAGCAAGCCGGGAGGAGGACCGCGAGGGGGCGGGGAGAGAAGGGAGCGGCGUGCGGGUGUCGUGGGGGGGCUUGUGGAGGCGUGUGCUCCGGCGGCCAAUGGCGGAGCGUCUCGACCGCUGGACCGCACAUGUUUACGGGCAGCAUUCCGCCGGUUGAGGCUGGAGCCGGUUCAGGACUGGAGUCGACACCAACUGGACGCGGAGCCCUUAGAAGAUCGCGUUUUCAACACGUUUCGCCGCACACGGAUGUAAGGAAGCGAAUUGUGUCGAGUGCAGGAGUUUAAUACGAUAAUUUUCGGCGAAUUCGUCGACGAGAAGAAGAUUUUUCGACUAGCCGGUCGCCAUUUUGUUCAAUCGUGAACCGGUGACAUGGCGGCUCCGGGAGCUCCGCGUUUUCCCGCCGACCUCUCCCUCAACUAGCGAGACAAGCAGCGAAAACAAACAGGCGGAGAGGAAGACGGACGAAAAAAAAAAAAACGAAGGAGGAAGAUUGGCAGCCGGUUUUGGACGCGGUGAGAAUUGUUCGGGUUUGUCCCGUCCGUGGAAUUCGACGGAGGACGACGGCGUCCGUUCGAGAAUGCAGCCCGUCGUGUACGUUCCCGCUUCCGGACGUUUUGUCGGGGCUCCCGCUCCUCCCGCCCCUUGACGUUGUUUACCAGCAGAGCCGAAAAAAAAAAAACAAAAAGAAAAAAAAAAACCCCUAACAAAAAAUAUCUCUCCCCUCGGGAAAAUUCGCUUCGGACACCCGCGUAGAAAUGCACACCCGGCGCCUGGUGAAGCGCUCCAUCCUCGGCAGCCGAGUGUACGCGCCGAGCCCGACCGGCGACGGCGCCCCGGUGACCGGGGUGGUCCAGGCUGUCAAGCAGGAGAGCGGCGGGGACGCGGCGGCCGCCGGGGUCCGGCGCGGCGGGGGAAGCGCCAGCAGCGUCUACACGGUGCUCAUGCCGGACGGCAGCCUGAAGGAGUUCGCCGAGGAGGAGAUCGCCGCCGCCGGCUUGAACCACGCCAAGGGGCCGCUCAAGUCCAGCUUGAAGAGCUCCGUUAACGGCGGCCCGGACGGGCACAAAACGGACGCGCCGGAGGCGGUGGCGGCGGAGGGCGACCACCGCGAGACAAACGGCAAACGAGCGGACGCCUGUCGAUCCGUGUCCCUGCUGGAGCAGAAGCGCAAGGUGGUCUCCUCCAGCAUCGACGUCCCCCACGCCAGGCGGUCGGAGGAGGAAGUGGACAUGGACAAGGUGACGGCAGCCAUGGUCCUCACCAGCCUCUCCACCAGCCCGCUGGUCAGGAGUCCCCCCGUCAAAGUCAGCGACGGCCUGACCGGCUCAUGGAAGGAGAACGGCUCAGGGGGUCCCUUCACUCCGUCCAGCAACAGCUCAUCGGGUGGCUACUGGAGUUGGUCGGCGCCCAGCGACCACUCCAAUCCGUCCACGCCGUCGCCGCCCCUCUCGGCAGACAGCUUCAAGCCCUUCCGGGUUCCCGGCGGGGCGCCCCCCGGCGCUGGGCUGGAGGACCCCAGCCUGGAGGAGACGGACGGCAGCAGCCUCCUCUUUGACGAGCCGAUACCGCGCAAGCGCAAGAACUCCAUGAAGGUGAUGUUCAAGUGCCUGUGGAAGAACUGCGGCAAAGUCCUGAGCACCGCCGCCGGUAUCCAGAGGCACAUUCGCACCAUCCAUCUGGGGCGAAGCUGCGACUCCGACUGCAGUGACGGCGAGGAGGACUUCUACUACACGGAGAUCAAGCUCAACACGGACGCCGCGGGCGAGGGCCUGAGCGGCAUGUCGCCCGCGUCGCCCUCCGUCCUGGCCCCGCCUCCGCCGCCGCCCCAGCCGGACGCCCACGGGCCGCUUCCGCCGCCCUUGCCGCCGCCCUGCACCAAGGAGCCUCACUCCGGCAGCGCCACGCCGCUCAGCCGCUCUGCACCCAGCGCGCUCUACCUCAUCCACGCCGACCACGCCUAUCAGGCCACGGCCCCGGUGUCCAUCCCGUCGAACGGCGCCGCCAACCUGGCGGCCUCGUACAGCUUCACGCCCACCAACGGGUCGGGCUUCAGCAUCUCCUGGCAGUCGCCGCCCGUCACCUUCACCGGGAACACGGUCGGGCAACACACACGUGUGUCGCCCAGCAAGAGCCAGGGCUUCGCCGAGCAGCGUUCCCAAACCAUCGCCGUCCUCUCGUCGCCGCCCAGAGCCACGGCCGCCCUCAGUCGUAAAGUGCGCGGCGAAGGCAAGAAGUGUCGCAAAGUGUACGGGAUGGAGAACCGCGACAUGUGGUGCACCGCCUGCCGCUGGAAGAAGGCCUGCCAGAGAUUUACCGACUAGCUCAAAAUGGGGGAGGGGCCUCGUUCUGCAUGCGUUCUCUCUUCACAUCCAAAAAACGGCAACUGUCCGACAAGCUCCGCCUCCGCCCCCACCCCAACGCCAACAUCCCUCCGUUCCAGCAGGUGGCGCCAACCGAGGACGUUCCCCCGUCGUUCCCUCUUUUGUGGGGAAAGUGCAGCUAAAAAAAAACUGUGAAGAAAAAUAGACACAAUUAUGGGGGUCGGUUGGUUUCUUUCUUUUUCCAACGUUGCUUUUUGUGUUUUUGUAAAGUUUUCAAAACAGGAAAAAAAAAACGCAACUUUGGAUUUGUGGAAUUUUUUUGAGCACGGAGGAACAUCAUGACGUCGUCAUCUCGUUUUAUGUUUUUUUUUUUCAAGAUCCAACAUCGCCCCCUUCGUUUUUUUGGACGUCACUCGUGAAGAAAAAUGUCCCCCAAAAAUGAACUUUUUUGGGUGGGGGCGGGGGACAAAUUAGACAAACAUUGGCACAUUUUUGUCUUUUUAGCAAAGUUUGACUUUUUUUUUUUCAAAACUAGAUCUGGAGCAACGACAUCAUCAUUUUUUUCUUUCCUUCUUUUACAUCUUUAAUUUUAUUUUAAUGGACAUAACGUUUAUCGCCAGCACAAUGUCCGACUUUUGCAAACGGAGCCACGAAACAUUCCGGAAAGACCUCGGAAACGACCCGACAGUCAAACAAACUUUCACGAGCAUUUCGAAGAAAAAUUCCGGCAACCGGCGGAUCAACAAGGUGACGUCAUCUCUUCUUUUACGUUUUUACCAAUUUUUUUUUUCCCGAAAGUUUAUCGCCAGCGUCGCAUCGAAGAAAUGUCCGAAAAGACCAAAAUUUGGCUUCACGCUCUUCAUCUCUUAUUUUGUCGUUUUAUAACUUUUAUUUCAGAGAAAAUGGGAACAUUUUGGAAAACAAACUUGGGAAGUUGGAAUUGAAUAUAUUUUUUUUUUUUUAUCAGGUAUUGAAUGGAAAAAAAAAAAAAAAAUCCCAAAGUCAUUUUCAACUUUUUUUGUUCAUCUCACGUGAAAACUUUGCAACCAAAAAUUCAUUCCGUCUGUUCGAGUUUCGUGACCGCGUUUACGCUCGUUGCUUCUCGGACGGAAACCGCGAACGACAGCCGAAAACGCCGCAAGUAACUUCCUGUAAAAAGUACCGCGGUCCUCCUCCGAAAAACAUUAUUUUUUGUUUGCGCAUUUUGACGCUGGCAUGCAACGCAAAGGAGGAGCGCCUCAACCCAAACGCGCGGCACUUCCGUUUUUAUUAAUAUUUGUAGACGGGGGAAAAAAAAAAACGGGAAAAACUUUGGAGGUUUCCUAGCUUGCUAGAAAAAAAGCACUUAAUUGAUUAGGUUACUGUUUUCGCUUUUUUAUUAUGAUUAUUAUUUAGAUGAAGCUGUAUUUUGUUUUCCAUUUUUGCUCGUUGGUGGCGAAAUAUCGUGAAGCCCAAAACAUUUGUACAUUUUUUUUUUUUUUUUUUUUUGCGUUACGCCACGAAAACGUCUCACUCAGUAUUUGUCGUACGGCUCUUCGGGCGGACGCCGGUUUUUAAAAUCGCUUACAAUCAAUAAAAAUAGUAAAAAUAUUUGGGCUCCUUCAGUGCAAUUUUGUCAAAAAAUAAAUACAUAAAAAUGUGGGCGGCAGUAUAGUUGGAGAGAUCUAUUUUUCAACAAAUGUCAGGAUUUAACAAAAAUUAUUAAAGCGGAUUUUGUUUGGAUUUCAAAGCCUUCCAUUAAUAGCUAUCCUAUAUCAUAUUUGAAGAUAUAUAUAUUUUUUUGUUUUCAUGUUCUUGCGAGCUUGAUUGACAGCUCAAAGGCGGACCCGGUUAAACGUCAGCGGGCUUAAACCGGGCCCUGGUGCUACGUCGGCCGCUAACCAGCUAGCAGCUCAAAUCCGAUUCCGCCAUCUCGUUAAGAUGGAGGUGCUAUUCCCGCCGUUGGCUGCCAUCUUUUUAUAAAUUGUAGAAUGGGAAAAUACAAAAACACCUGACUCAAAAUCUAUCGAGUGCACCCAGCUCGACGUGACCUCCCCCAAGUGCGAAAGAUACCGUUUUGAAAUCAUCUCUGUUAAUUGAAAUAUUGAAAUGCUAAACUUUGUGGACGUCAGAGACAAUGCGGUCAAAUGCCCGAUCGCGAAUUUUGUUGCUUUGUAGCUAGCUUACAGGCUACCUAAUGAACGUAGACGCGCGUACGAUCAUUUGUUUUUGCGACAUUUUCUCAUUUUGAUCAGACUCUGCGCUAGACUGAAAAAAAUGAAUGCAGCUCGCGUUAGCUAAACGUGUUAACUUUUCAUAUGCUCCAAACGAGCGUCCAAAAUCUCAAGACCAGCUCAUCAACUGUCAUGCUAGUUUUACGAAAAUGAGGCCAAUUUCCGGGCUAGCUUAUUUGUUGAAAAUAUUUUCA